AUGGAGGAAAACUUCCAAGAGUCUCUUCGCUCUUUAGAAAGGCAAGCUUUUGUCCGCUACUCCACUGUUGUUGAUAAAAAUGGAUAUUCUAUCUCUUCUAGUGGCGAAGCAACUAAAGCUACAGCAGCUUAUGUCAGAGAAGUUCAUAAUUGCGCUCGCGAAAUCUUUCCAACUGAAGACUCAAUAAAGAUUGUCAUAGAAGGAACGAAAAAUGCAGUUACAAUUGGCGAACAAAAUGAUUUCUUGGUAGGAAUUCAAGUUAUCAAAGAACUCUAUUAA